GGCGGGGCGGGGCGGGGGCGGCAGUGCUCCGCGCCGCGCCGACGGAGUUGCACGCGCCCCGCACACCGCCGCUCGACUACCCACAACCAGGAGAAAAAAAACAAUUGUGAUCCCAAAUCGCCCCGCGUCGCGACGCGAGUGUGCCGCGUGUGUGUGUGCCGUGAGUGUGUGUGUAGUGUGAUGGCGCGCGCCAUCUAGCGGCCGCGUGCCCCCCCGGCCCCCGGCCCCCGGCCCCCGCCCCGGCGCCAUGCUGCGCCGCCUCGCGCUCCGGGUGUGCCUGCUGGCGCUUGCGCAUGUCGUGCCUACAGGCUACUGCGACGUGGCGGGCGGCGCGGGGUCGAUGAACGCGCUGCCGGGCGGCGGCGCGGGCCGGCUCAGCCCCAGCUUCGACGCCGCCACGCCGCGCAACGUCACCGCGCUGGUCGGCAAGUCCGCCUACCUCAGCUGCCGGGUCCGCAACCUCGGGAAUAGAACGGUGUCGUGGAUCCGCCACCGCGACCUGCACAUCCUGACGGUGGGCGGCUACACGUACACGUCGGACCAGCGCUUCCAGGCGUCGCACGCGCCGCUGGGCGACGACUGGACGCUGCACAUCAAGUGGGCCCAGCAGCGGGACGCCGGGGUUUACGAGUGCCAGGUGUCCACGCAGCCCGUGCGCAGCUACUUCGUCACGCUGCAUGUCGUCGAUUGCGAGGACGUGUACCAGCGCAUGGCGGCGGACGCGGGCCGAGUGCCGUCAGCGCGCAUCCUCGGCGGGCCGGACCUGCACGUGGACAUGGGCAGCACCAUCAACCUCACCUGCCUCAUCCAGUUCAGCCCCGAGCCGCCCGCCUACAUCUUCUGGUACCACGAGGACGAGGUGAGCAAGCCGCAGCAGGUGAUAUCGUACGACUCGGCGCGCGGCGGCGUGUCGGUGGUGACGGAGAAGGGCGCGGCCACCACCAGCUACCUGCUCGUGCAGGACGCCGCGCCCAGCGACUCCGGCCGCUACUCCUGCUCGCCCUCCAACGCCGAGGUCGCCUCCGUCAGGGUGCACGUGCUCAAUGGCGAGCGGCCGGCGGCCAUGCAGACGGGCUCGGCGGGCGCGUCCAGCAGCGGGCGCUGCAUCGCCGCGCUGCUGGCGCUGGCCGCGCUGCACGCGCGCUGGCGCCACGCGCUGCUCGCCAGCUGAUCGCGCGCGUGAGCUCC